CCAUUCAUAUUUUAGCGUUUGAUGAAUCUUUUUUUUUUCAAAAAAAGAAGAAACGCAAAACGCCGACUCUAUAAGGUGUCAAAGCAUUUCUCAAAUUGUAUUUGUUUGCCCAACAAACAAGUAAAACCUCUCCGAUCAUAAUAUAUUCAAUCUCUCCAGUGAUCGAAAUCGAUGGAGAGUACAGAUUCUUCCGGUGGUCCGCCGCCGCAGCCUAACCUUCCUCCUGGAUUCCGAUUUCACCCAACAGACGAAGAACUCGUGAUUCACUACCUCAAACGCAAAGCAGAUUCUUCUCCUUUACCCGUCGCCAUCAUCGCCGACGUCGAUCUCUACAAAUUCGAUCCAUGGGAACUUCCCGAGAAAGCUUUGUUCGGAGAACAGGAAUGGUAUUUUUUCAGUCCACGAGAUCGGAAAUAUCCAAACGGAGCUAGACCGAACAGAGCAGCGACUUCCGGUUAUUGGAAAGCGACCGGUACAGAUAAACCGGUGAUUUCAACCGGCGGCGACGGAAACAAAAAAGUCGGAGUUAAGAAAGCUCUCGUCUUCUACAGUGGGAAACCACCAAAAGGAGUGAAAUCGGAUUGGAUCAUGCACGAAUAUCGCUUAACCGAUAAUAAACCAAGUCUCAGAUGUGACUUCGGCAACAAGAAAAACUCCCUCCGGCUUGAUGAUUGGGUGUUGUGUCGAAUCUACAAGAAAAAUAAUAGCACAUCAUCUCGACAUCAUCAUCAUCAUCUAGAUAACGAUAAGGAUCAUUAUCAUCAUCAUCAUCAUGAUAUGAUGAUCGAUAGUGAUCUCUACCGUCAAAUCCCUCUCAGUCGCAAUGUCUCCAGAAUGAAUUUUUUCCCGACGAUUUUCUCCGAUAACAACGAUCCGGCGGCGAUAUACGACGGUGGUGGUGGCGGCGGCGUAAAUUAUUCGGUGAAUCACGAUUUCGCAUCGUCGUCUGGAUCGAAGCCGGAGCAGUUGCUUUCUUCGCCGACGAUGAUGAUGACGACGACGGCGAAUCCGAGACGGAAUGUUCCGAUGCCGUUUUGGGAAGAGGGAAAUGAAGAUCCGGCAAAGAGGUUUAAUGGUGGCGUUGGAGAUAGUUUAAACGUCGUCUCUCCAAUGGCGGCGCCGCCAUUAAUGCAGCAGCAAAGUGGGGUUUUGGGAGAAGGAUUGAUCAGAACGUCGUACCAAUUACCCGGUUUGAAUUGGUACACUUAAGAUAAAUUAGAAUUCCAAUUUAGAUGGUUUUCAGGUUACGGAUUUUAAAGAUUUGUAUAUACGGUUUGCGUAAAUUUGGGGAUUGGGAAUUACGGUUGAUUUUAAUUUUAUCGGGUUAGAACGAAGGAGAUUAAAUUACAGAGAUUAGAGAGGUGAGGCAACAUAUAAAAGUUACAACAAUAGGGUUAUUUUUUUUCUUCCUUUUCUUCUUUUUCUUCUUAUUAUUAUUCACGAGAUGUAUAGUUGAUUACACUACUUGGCUGUUUGUAGAUUGUAUAAAUCGAUGCAUAUAAAAGAGAGAAAGAAAUUAACAGUCGUAGA